AUGACAGAGGGAAUAGGGGGAUCUCACCGUCAGAAUUUAGCUGGUAUGACAAUUCGUACAAUAAGGUAUCAUAGAAGUAUUUCUGAAGAUACUAUUAAUAAUCCCGACCUUUGUUAUGAGAAUAUUUCUGAUAUCAAGCAAAGAAAUGCAAUUGCAAAAUAUGUUAGAAUUUAUGUUCUUCAGGUACCUCUUCCAAAGUUUCCACCUGUAAUUGUGGCAUUAAUUCUAACUGGAAAUGACAGUGCUAAAAAAAUUUUAGCACUUUAUCAGAAACUUAUUGAUAUCGUAGCAGAUUUUGAAUUACCUAUAAUUUCUAUCAGAUCAGAUGUUAGACUUAUAGUUCAUAUUCAAGAUCCUAAACAUGGGAAAAAAAUAGCAAGAAAUGCAGCCAUGUCUGGUGCUCGUUUACUUACAUUUGACCGACAGGAUAAUAAUGCUGCGUAUAGAGUAUUUUGCUCAAAAAAUUUGGCACAAGUAUUAGAUGGAGAAAAAGAAUUAUCAUCUGAAUUUUGA